AUGGCGGCGACGAGUGAGAGCUCGGACUCUUUGCGUUUGCGCGUCAGCAAGCUGGGUGGCGAGGAGCAGGACGUGCAGGUUGAGAGAAAGUGCAGCCUGACGGAGUUUAAGACCCUGCUGGCUGGGCGGGGCCUGGUGAAAGAGGGGCUGGCAGUGGAUUUCAUCGUAGAGGGGGUGCUCCUGAACUUGAGUCGCCCUGGCGCAACGAUUGCUGAUCUCAACUUGGCAGAGGAUUCCCAUUUGGUGGUUAUCACUCGGAGAUCGCAUGAUUACGGGCAAAUCCGCGAAGUAAAGUGCAAGGUGAAGUCCCACCAUUGGCCGCAGGGCGUGCUGACCACGACAGAGGGCCAUUUGUACGUCUGCCACUAUGCCGGACAACUUCAGGUGUACAACCUUGAGCUGAAGCUGCUGCGUGAGACAGUCUUGGAAUCAGUGGUGCACCCAAGCCAGAUGGCCAUGGCGCCAAAUGGAGAAUUAGUCAUGGUCAGCUUUGAUGGCGUGGCUGCUGUGGUCGACUCAGGAACGCUCGAGCUGAUCAGGAUGAUCCCCUCCAAGAGCCGGAGCACAAGCACAGGUGUUGCCAUCCAGGGAGAAGAGCUGUUUGUGUCGCACCUUGGCAUGCCAGACGGCACCGGGUACCUCGAGGUGUUGGACCUGCAAACAGGGCAACACCUGCGCACCUUGGAUGGUUUUACCGGGCCUUCUGGCGUGUGCGCUUUCGAUGGUGGUCUUGUCGUGGCAGAUCGCCUUGGCGACGUAGUAUGGCUGGUGGACCAUGAGGGAAACCGUACCAAGAUAGGCCAGGGCGAGUUGAAGCGCCCCAACGAUGUUGCAGUGGAUCUGUCCGGGAAUAUCUUAGUGAUGGACACAGGCAACGAGCGCAUUGCUGUUUUUCGACCGGAUGGAUCUUUCAUGUGCGGCAUUCUACCUGGAACCUUCACGGACUUUGGCAACACCCAUAGCUACAUCUCGGUUAACCCCGUCAAUGGUGCGAUUUCUACCUGUGGCCCAAAACGUCAAGUAGUUUGGCUCUUGGCUGAACCACAGUGCGUGCACAACAUGUCCGCAACGGGGCCGAUGACGACCAGGUACCUCUCGGAUCGAUCAAGCGAGGAGAACCUCUCGCGGGAGCAGCCGGCGCGCUCAGCCGGGCGUAGCCGGUUCCUCUCGCCUGAGCCGCGUCCCCUCGAGGAACAUCUUCGACGUAUCUUCGGACCAGAAGGCGUGCCGCGAGCACCGAGGCCACAGCGUACUCGAAAUCCAAUGCUGAGUCGUUCCGACGACGUGCUCUUCCAGUGGGAUUGA